GUUGGAUUGAUCCUGCAGUUCCAUUUGCCUGGAAGUAAUAGUCUAUCUUGCAAACCAGUCAAUACUGACGGUGCUUACACCAUUAAGUCUUUUAAAACGGACAAAUAUCUCAAAGUUGAAUGGAAGAAUAACACGACCAAGUUGUCAUUUACAGGAAAUUCAAACGACUGUGGUAUUUGUAAGUUAUCAAACCAAAUAUAUUAUAUUGUUUCCUCAAAAGAAAACCAGGUCCUUUCGCUAGAAAGAGUAGAAAAACUGUGGGGUACAAAUACAAGACCAGCGUUGGUGAAUUUGGCUAUAAUUGAGGAUGAAAGACAUUUUUAAGCAUGUCAUAGGGGUGCCGAGAGAAUCAAUGUAUAGCUAAUCCAGAAAUCAGUAUUUUUAGGGUUGGCGAGGAUACUUUAAGGAUAUAAAAGAUGAUGCUCUUUGGUUGUAGUUCUGCAAAACAACAAUGUAACAAUUACAAUCAUCAUCAUCAUCAUCAUCAUCAUCAGUAUUAUUAUUUUAUUGUUAUUGUAGACGGAGAUUUGAAAACGUUACUGCUAAAAUAGACCUCUUUCGUCAAGAGGUUUUCCAUUCUUGCCUUUAUCUUGAAAUUGGCCCCUUUCAAUCCAAUAGCUGCAUUUUUCGGUUGCACUUUCUUAAAAUGUCCGGCAAGAAUUACUGAAUAACUCACAGAUAUUUUACAUAUAACGUUUUGUUUUGUUUUGUUUCAGAUUUUCUUCCUGGGAAAAUUUCUAGCACAAACGAAUACACAAUUUCACUUGAUAACAAGACAAACCAUUAUCUAGCUAUAGAACACGGAAAGAUGGUUGUGAAGGUAGGCGUACCUCUCAAAGUGAUAAAACAAAUUACGAGCGUUGGGUGAUAGAGUUUUUCCGUCUACAAUUCUACUGAUUUAAAGAAAAGGUUUAUUCAGUUAAUCGUGAGUUCAAUACCCACCUGAAACUCAGAAAAUGCUUUCUGGGUUCUUCUCUCCACACGUCAUUCUAUUUAUUAUAUGGAUGAUGAAUUUCGCAAACUUGUUUUUCAGGUUAACAUGCAAUACAUUACACUACCCACAAUUAAAAUUUUUUUUAAAAAUUCGUUAUAUAAACACCAGUGUACUGCAAGUUAAGCUUUCACUCGUGAAUCUUGUUAUUAGUUCACACUGAAUGAGCAAGAGUGGCAGCACAGAUCCUUGUUUCAACUUCUCUUCUUUCUGUAUAGCUUUGACUAGCUUUAAAAAACGGAGCAUUGAUGGACCCCGAGAGGGGAUAAAAUGAGCGUAGACUACGAGUAGAUAGUAGAGCGAGCGAAACGCGAGCGUGCGUGAAAAUCACCCCACGCGAGAAAAGGCGACACUCGGCGGGGAGAGAGAAAAAUGAGCGUGUCGCUUUUCUCGCGUUAUCUUUUAUCUUGUUAUCAUCUAUUUGCAGAAGAUGAAUCCGUCUGGAGGGCAGCUUGGGAACGAAUGUCGUUUCCAAUUGAGGAGAAUCAGCUUGAAUUACAGUCGGGGAGAUAACACACCUGUCUCAGAGGACUAUCAUGUUGUUGUUUCCAUGUCAACUAGCAAUUCUGAGUAUAACGCUAUCACAAGUAACAGGUUCGGGAAAGUUUCUUUGGGAUAUUGGAAGGACUGUAGGGCAUGGUUUAAUAUAUCGAUUGCAAUGUAA